ACGAAAUGAUUAAAGUUAUUUGCUUGUCCGCGCUGUUAUUACUCAUUGGGCUGUGUCAUGGAGAGACUAACUUUCAGGGCCGCAUAAUUGGGGGCGAGGAUAUUUCCAAUUACUAUGUUCCCUACAUAGCCCAAAUACGUCGUCGCAGUUCCACGACUAGUGCCUAUGCCCAAACCUGUGGCGCCAGUCUACUGGACAAUCGAACUGUGGUGACUGCAGCGCAUUGCGUCUACAAUCGUUUGGCGGAGAAUUUCCUAAUUGUUGCUGGAACAGAUCAACGUGCCGGAAUGGAUGGCUACGUCACACGAGCCGAGAAAAUUGUCAUUCACGACCUUUAUAAUGCCUCAAUUACGGAUAACGAUAUUGCUUUAAUAUUCCUUUCCCCAGCUUUGCCGAUACGUGAAGAUAACGUGAAAUUGAGUGCAAUUAGUGUGGCCAGUGACAGGCCAAGUGUGGGCACAUAUGCGACUGUAAGUGGUUGGGGCACAACCACUGAAUCGGGUCUAUCCUCGAAUUUGUUGCAGCAAGUUCAAGUGCCAGUGGUGGACAGCGCUAGUUGCCAGGAGGCCUACGAUUGGCGUCCCAUUAGCGAUGGAAUGCUCUGCGCUGGUCUACCAAAUGGCGGCAAAGAUGCCUGUCAGGGUGACUCGGGUGGUCCACUGGUGGUUAACAGUCAACUGGUAGGCAUUGUUUCCUGGGGCGAGGGCUGUGCACGUGCCAAUUUCCCUGGUGUCUAUACCAAUGUGGCUUACUUUAAAAAUUGGAUUGAUCAACAACGUGCGAGCAAUGCUUUGGUCUAAAUAAAUUGAAUGGAGAUUUCCCAUCAGAAAAUAUUUACAAUUAUAAAGGAAUGAAAUAAACUUUAUCUCCUUAUAUAUGACAUUCUGAAUUAA